GAUAUAAAUGAAUGUGGAGCAGGAAAGCACAACUGUCAUGCAAACGCUAUUUGCAAAAACACUAAAGGAUCCUUUGUGUGCACCUGCAAGCCAGGGUAUUUUGGGAAUGGAGUUUACUGCCCAGGUGAAAACAAUACCUCGGUCUUCUUUAUAAUGAAUUCCAUUUAUCUCGCAUUAGAGCCAAGUUCAGCCACAAGGUAGUAUGUAGCUUAGUCCGUGGUAGUGCAGUUUGUUCUUCUGAGCUGAAUAAGUAUAUGGAAAUGCUCUUGCAUUAUAAAAGUUUGUGAUUUGCAGUAUCUGUACGCAAUUUUAGCCUUAUACUUGAGAUAUUUAAGUUUUUUUUAUGUAUUAUUAUAUUAUCUUACAUUAUAAUAACAUCUUUGGAUGACCGCACAUGGUUGGUUUGAAUGAAUUUUUGCAGCUUUUCGUGCGAAAGCAGGGCAAGUGGUAACUCUCUCCUGUCUGGUAUUGUAGUAGCCUUGGUGGUUCGGAGAAAGCAAGCAAGCGAAUUUGUGCUGAUCCGAGGAUAUACUAUUAAACAGCUAAAUACAUUGAUCGUUACGCCUAUCAUAUAAAGUGCUGAGACCAAAACUGACUAAACAGUGUUUGCAUGAUUUAUUAGGGGCUAUUAUGGAGAACGCUCUUUUUUGUACACGCUCACUUAGACAGUCGGGUAGGCUAUGGUGGAAAAUGGGCGAACAAUAUUCUAGUACGGAUCUUAUUCCUGUACAGUGGAAGUCAACAAAUAUCUUUACAGCUCACGCUGAACCAAAAAAAAAAUACAUAGAGGAUAUUACAUGGCCGUGCGGAGAUACGAAGUUUCUCUUCGAGUGUUGAAAAAUAUUUCAAGGGAGAGCCCAGCGAACGAGUGAAAUAUUUUUUCAACACGAGAAGCGAAAUUUCGUAUCUCCAAGAGGCCAUGUAAUGUUCUAUUUAUUAUAUGGAUAAACACGAAUGACUACCAAACCGCUUCACUUUAAUAGUUUUUUGGUUUGAAAGGCGCGAUUUAUUAUCAAGCCAUAGCAACGGUGAUAUUUUCACAUGUGAAGAUAUACAUGAUAUGUUAUUCACCGGCUGGGAGGUCCGUAUUGGGAGAAACUGUGCCCGAGGUCUUGAGUACCGCCCGAAGCCGUAGGUCCGCCAGGGUUAGCGGGCAAGAUCGUAAAAAACUGCCCGCCCUCGGAACCAAUCAGAUUGCAGCAUUUGGAGGAUUCCACCCGCUCGCAAGCUUAGAAAAAAAUAAAACAUGUUAUUUUCACAUGUGAAGAUAUCAAGUUUUCGCGUGAAAGCUCACCUGGUAUUUCAUUGGUGUUUAUAUAAUAAAAACGCUUAUUCACCAAAUCAGUGGAUAGCAAUUUUCGCGCUUUCUGAUCGGCUCCCGUAACGAGGAAUAUCCUUGGAUAUUCACUGUUUUGGGACGGGAUUCUGCUUUUCUCGUUUCGCGAUAGUUUCGAAAGAUGAAAUUUUAGCGGUAAAUGAAGCAGCUGCUCCCCCACUAUUCUGAUCACCUCCCCUUCGGUGGAUAGUUGUAUAUUAUAUAAACAUUUCACUUGAGAUUGUUAAUAAUAAUAAUAAUAAUAAUAAUAAUAAUAAUAAUAAUAAUAAUAAUAAUAAUAAUAAUUUCAGACCAAAUUACACGACUCGAAGUUCAAUAACCAUUCUUUAUUUUGUCUCGAUGAUAUCCCUAUAUUCAGUGAAUCAAAAUCUUGGACAUCUAUGAACGUAAACUUCUUCCAUUUGUAAAUGCUUAUCAACAAAAUCAUCAAUCCGGCCCAAUUGUUUACUUGCCGUUGCCCAUUUGACCAUCCUAACGAAACCUUGGAAUCUAUAAAAACCGUUCUGCUACACCCCUUACCCUGCUUACACACCAAUCAGUAGCUCUCAUAUUUGAUACCCCCCCACCCACCAAAAAAAAAAUAAUAAUAAUAAAAAAUUUAAAUUUAAAAAAACAAGCAAAAAUUCCGUGACAAUUCAGUUAUUUAAUCAUUUCUGAUGCUGCGUGAUAAGACGAUAGUCGUUGUGAAGUCUCUAUUUUCUCAUUUUAAGACAAUUAUAACAACUGGAAUUAUCGGCGUCUUUCAGUGUCGCGGAAUAUUCCUGAUUCAAUUUCAAUAUCUCUUGACAAUUGAUACCUUUUCUAAUUCUUUGACUAAAGUGUUUAUCUUAAAGGCAAUGGCGAUAUCAUUAAGGAGGCAUUGAUUCCCUUUGCAAAGGCAAUGUUACAUGAGACUAUUCGCAACGACGAUUUUUAGCGCAACACAGCGUUGCAGCAUUUCUGAUCUUGCAACAUUGUCGCCAUAAAAAUUGUCGUUGCAAAUCGUCUCCAGUAACAUCGCUUUAAAGAGUCCUUGAUCACAAUCAGUCUGGUCUGUUGUGUCGAGGGAUGAUCUCAGCGAGAAGAAACUGUAACCUCCACAGCCUUGAUUUCAUGCAUAUGCUAACUCCUCGCCUUGUGUUUCGUCUGCCACAAUGAAGCCCUUACUUCAGUUCUGAUUAUCACCCUAACUGAUUAUCAACUGGUGGGUUUUGAUAUUACUUUUUAAUUAUUUUAAAUACAAUUUGGACCGCAAAUAUUAGUAUAGGUAAUCAUACAACUUCGAGUUCAAUUUGGAAUUUAUUUGCAUGAAUGUCUUUUUCAAAAAGUAUCAAAACACAGUGCAUGAGCCCAAUAGGACGAAUGCAAUUUAAACGCACGAAUGCAAAUAAAUUCCAAAUUGAAUGAGAAAAGUUGCAUGAUCGCUUUUUAAUAAUAUACCUAAAAAAAUUACUUGCCUGGCUUUGUUUGAAAGCUUUGGAUACCAGUAGCUGGCAGCACUUGAUUGGUUCUUAUAUAUUUUUAUUGUCUAUUAGCCAAUCACAGUUUUCCAUUCUCUAAGAAAUUUGCAUUAUGUUUCCUUCUUUUUGCAUUAUUUCUCCUCCUUUUUUGCACUGUGUUUUCAGUUUACUAAAACGUGUACUGCUCUCAGCCAAUCAGAUUCAAGAAAUGUUUUCAUGUAUAUUAUUAAAUACAAUACAUUGUCAUUAUCAGCUUCUUGGUCGUUUACAACGAAUGGACAAGGGCGUUCCGGCAGCAUUCAGACUUUCACAGUGCCAAAAACCACUAGCUAUCGAAUCAGAGCCUGGGGAGCACGAGGAGGAAGGCACUCCACAAACUAUGGACGUUAUCCCGGAACUUACUACGGUGGAAAAGGUGCAUACAAAGAGGGCACGUUUACCUUGAAUAAAGGAACUGUACUCAAUAUUGUGGUGGGGCAAAGAGGAGGAGAUUCAGUGGAAGUAAAGGGAGGAUCGUCCACUACCUUGACAGCAGCUCAGCUGGGACGGUCCGUAGAGGACAAUGCUGGUACCGGGGGAGGCGGAGGCAGCUUUAUUUAUACAACAAGUAACGUGCUUUUGUUAGCUGCUGGAGGAGGAGGGGGUGCAUCUAGCGGGUAUAACGGGGUGGAUGGUCAGGCGGGUACUAACGGCACCAGUAGCGUUGGAAGGAUUUCAGGUUAUGUUCGUAGCGGAGGAACUGGAGGGAAUCCGGGUCAGUGCAACCGUGCAGACGCUAGUUGGCAUGGGGGAGUGGGUGCGGGAUGGUUAGGCCAAGGUUGUUCCAGGGCCGGGUCCCAGCAUGGUGAAAGGGGUGGAUCGCGUGCUCAGGGCUGGGUUGGUGGUCGUGCUGGAAGAAUGAAUAGUGGCUACAACGGAGGGCCUCCCCCUGGGGCCGUAGGAGGGUUUGGCGGUGGCGGAGGGGGAUCGGAAGAUAAUGGUGCCUCAGGAGGAGGUGGGGGAUACUCUGGGGGAGGUAGCGGCACAUACCCAAACCAAGCAGGCGGGGGAGGGGGCUCUUACUGUAGUGGCUCGAAUUGUACAGGCGUGAGUGGAGGUAACUCAAAUGACAACGGACUUGUAAAAAUCCUGGAAUUGUCUGUCUAA